UUGAUAUGUAAAUUUAAAGGCAUUGAAAUCAUAUUUUUUGUUUCAUCGAAAAUGGUUAAAUUAAACGUACUUAAAAGCCAAAUUGCAUGUGAAAUCACUCAAAAGGACGAGCUUCAAAAAAAUUUAAUUGUGCAAAUAUUGUGUUCCAAACGUUUGUUAAGUGAUCAUUUGGAGAAUUUAGAGGAAGUUGUUAAUGAUUUUAUUGUCGAAGAGACAACAAAGUCAAAUUAUUUUACUUUUUUGUCAACAUCCAGCGCUGUUCUAUCUUCAUAUGGCAUUUUUCACUAUCUCAACAACAAUAUUCGCUACUUGAUUCCAUGUCUUACCGGCGCAAUUCCUAUCAUAUAUUUGCAUAAACAGAUGAACAUAAAACAACGUAUAUUUUAUGAAACUCAGAUGAAAGAUUUUAUCAAAUCUUUGGAUGACUUUGAGUUCUCCGUAAAAAAAGCAACAAACUAUAUCAAUGAUGCUCAGUUUUUAAAGGCACAGGCAGAUAAUUUGAAACGGGUUAAUAAGAGUCUAAAUAUUACAAUUGAUAUUUUAAACCUUACAAAACGUGUGGUUCGAGCUUUAUACUGCUUCCUCAAAUAUCUCGAAUAUUGCUACAAGAUUGAUGAUAAAUAUCAUUAUUUCUACCAAGAUAUUGAUGAUGUUGACAAUUGCAAAUUAUUGACUACAGAUUUUGAAGAAGAAGAAAAUGAUCCUCAUACUUUGCUCAAGAACAUGUUUGGCUUAUUUGCUUAUGUUCAAAGUCAUUUGUUGCUGCGCAUUGGAUUUAUUUUUGCAACAAAUCUUCAGGAAGGUAAAUUUAUUAUAGCAAAGAAACUCUGUGAUAUUACUAGCAAGAUUAAGCACCAAACGACUCUUCUUCCAAGUUUUCUUUUAUUGCAAAAGGAAGAAUCUGAUUUACAAAAUAAUAUCCAGAAAUUGGUUGACACUGAAAUGAACAAGGCUAUAUCAAAAGAACUAGUACACAUUCGAUCAUCUACAGUUGAUUUUACAUUGAAAGUUUUAUCAUUGGUUUUAAACUUGAAAGACUAUCAGGAAAUGUUGAUUCAAUUAACAAACAAUUAUCAAAACUCGAAUAAGGCUGAAAUGGAUGAUGUGAUGAAGUUAUUAGAAGCAAUUGGCUCUAAAUUAUCAGAUUGCUCGGAUGAACAGAAUCGCAUGUUGAUUUUGAUGAAGAAGUAUUUGAAUAAAGAUACUGAAGAAGUCAAAAUUAUCGCAAAGGAAAUUGAAAAUGCAGAAAACGAAGAAAAGCCAUUAAAAAUUGCAGACGAAAAUCCUGAACAAAGCGAUGACUUCUUUUACGUAGAUCCCGAUAAAGAAAAUUUUGGAGAUGAUAUCGAAAAUGAAAAGGAGGAAUCUGAUGUGGCUGCUGAUGAUUUAGAAGAGGAAGACUUACAAGUUAAGAUUACUAAAAAGUGCUUUAAGCCAGUCUUGGCCCAAUUAAAGGAACGUAUUGUAACAAUCGAUGCAAACAUGAAAGUACGUGAAAAGAAAGUUCUGAAAGAGAAAGGCAUUGAAAUUAUUGAGGAACCUGAAAACAAACUGGAUCUAGCUGAUUAUGAUUCGGACGUUGAUUCUGAUUGGAAACGCCAGCAAAAGUUUGAACGCAGUCGCCAAAAGUAUGAUCAAAAUCGAGAAUUUCUGCAAGCUAAAGGUCCAAUCAAUUUACUUUCACCAGGAAAGUUCCCAGUUAUGAACAGUUUCUUAAGUUUGCAAGAAGAAAUAUUAGAAUAAUUAGGUACCUCCUAUGUAGUCAAAAGUGAUCUGCAUAUUAUUUUAUUACACAUUUGGAAAAUUGAAGCUUUAAAUUGAAAAAUAUAAAAUCGAAGUUAAUAUAAUAAAGAAAGCAUGGAAGAUUAAUUUAGAAAUAUUUAAACUUAAUUGAAAGCAUAAACUCGCUUAUUCUCUCUUUCCGGUAAGAGCAUUGCAUUUAAAAAUAUACGCAAGUGUGUAUGCACACUUUAACUGCAUAUAAAACAUUAAAGAAACGAGUUGUGAUGAAUGUUAAAUAAAAUAAUUUUUUUUUAUCUUUUAAACUAAACCAAAAUUAAGUCAUAAGAAAAAUGGAAUUGGAAAUAAAACUUGCUGCCUCGACACCCC